AUCAAUGGGGUCCAUUUACAUUGACUCUUUCAACGUGAUUUACUCUAUCUCUCUCUCUCUAUUUUCCCCCAACUCGCUUUAAAUCACUUUUCCUGUAUAAAGUCGCAGCAUCUCGGGAUAGUCUUCCUCUUAACUCUCACUGAAGCUCCUCACUCAACUCUUCUCUGUGCCAAAAGAGAAAAAUGGCGGUGUCUAAAGCUAUUGUUAUACCUCUCUUACUAGUCUUAUGUGCUGCUGCUCUUGGAGCUCCUGCUUAUGAAGGCUUUCUUCGUAAUGGUAACUUCGAGGAGUCACCAAAGAAGACCGACAUGAAAAAAACAGUUCUACUCGGCAAAACCGCCUUGCCCGAGUGGGUAACCACCGGUUUCGUCGAGUACAUCGCCGGUGGUCCUCAACCGGGAGGAAUGUACUUCCCCGUAGCGCACGGUGUCCACGCAGUGAGGCUCGGAAACGAAGCCAAGAUCUCUCAGAAACUAAAAGUCAAGCCGGGCUCUCUCUACGCGCUCACGUUCGGCGCGUCGAGAACUUGCGCGCAAGACGAGGUCCUUCGCGUCUCUGUGCCUCCUCAGUCCGGUGACUUGCCGCUUCAGACGCUCUACAACAGCUUCGGUGGUGACGUGUACGCUUGGGCUUUCGUGGCCAAGACUUCUGUGGUUACGGUGACUUUCCAUAAUCCUGGAGUUCAAGAAGAUCCAGCUUGUGGUCCUUUGUUGGACGCUGUCGCCAUUAAAGAGCUUGUUCAUCCAAUGUACACCAAAGGGAACUUAGUGAAGAACGGUGGAUUUGAAGAAGGUCCUCACCGUCUAGUGAACUCAACACAAGGAGUCCUUCUCCCACCUAAACAAGAAGAUCUCACAUCACCCUUACCAGGAUGGAUCAUUGAGUCACUAAAGGCAGUUAAAUUCAUAGACUCCAAGUACUUCAAUGUCCCCUUUGGACAAGCCGCGAUCGAGCUUCUUGCAGGGAGAGAAAGUGCCAUUGCACAAGUCAUUAGAACUUCACCCGGUCAAACAUACACACUCUCCUUUGCCGUUGGAGAUGCUAAAAACGACUGCCAUGGAUCCAUGAUGGUUGAGGCUUUUGCGGCCAGAGAUACACUGAAAGUGCCACACACUUCGGUUGGUGGAGGUCACUUUAAGAUGGCAAGUUUCAAGUUCAAGGCGAUUGGGGCAAGAACUAGGAUUACUUUUUUCAGUGGCUAUUACCAUAGCAAGAAAAUGGAUAUGGGAUCUCUCUGUGGACCUGUCAUUGAUCAGAUUGUGGUUUCUCGUGUCGCUUAGAUCUAUUGUAAGCUUUGUGACCAUUGCAUCAUGUGCUCUAAUUCUCGGCUUUAGCCUGCUCAUGGACUUGGUUAUUUGCUUUGUAUGUCUUGCUCCUUUUGGAAUUAAGUAAUAUUUAAUUAAUGAUAUAUAUUGUGAUUUGAUAA